AUGCCAAAAUAUUAUUUUGAAAAUUAUAGAGUUCCUGAAGAUUUAGAUCAGGCACAAUAUCUUGCUCUGGUUGAUGUAUUUUACUAUGAAAUGUUAAGCUCUGAAACUAGGUUGAGUGUAAUUCCUGUAUUCGUCACCCAGAAUUAUCUCAAUACUCCAUUUGAAUUGUUAAAGUAUGGUUUAGAAAUGAGUUUUGACAUUCUCUAUAAUCAACUAUCCACACAUAAAAAGAUUGGUCUUGUUGAGAAACUGAUAGCCACCUAUCUCAAUCAAGACUUCACUCCAGAACAUGUAGAAACCAUUCAUUCCCUUUCCUCUCUCGAACGAAAAGAUUUGAAAGCAAACAAAUACACAUCAGUCAGUAUUGAAAAGGAGAGUCUGAAAUUUACAGUUGUUUGUUUGGAAACUGUUACAACAAUUCAAGAGAAAAAGGAACAAUCGAUCACACUGAAUGAUAUCAGUGAUAAGAGAGUGAAAAUCGUGACAAUCAAACUCAUGGAAUACACCCUUCAAUUGCCAAACCUAUUCAAUGGAAAUACUGUUGGAAGUAUUAAAAUAUCAACCAAAAAUCUUUCCUCUGCCACCAACAAUGGUCAACCAACACAGCCAACAGUUCAACCAAAUCAACCAGCCAACCCACAAAAAUCAAAUUGUUCAUUGCUUUAA